AUGCAUGCUGAUCAAUCUAGAUUGAAUAAGCCUUGUGACUAUCUCCUUCCAGCUAAAGCCCAUCGUCUGCUGCCCGUGCCAGAUUGGGCCGACUUGACCCCUUCCAACCUGCGUUAUACCCUCGAAGUACAGGUCUCAUCAAUUGUGGGCGAUGGACUGCAGCUGCAAGCCGCCGCAGCCUUUUAUUUCCGAACUGUACACACCUGGUUCCCUAUCAUAUCGGAGAGCUGUUAUAAUCUCCAGUUAUCAAACGUACGCGUCCAGACGGGGAGUGCCCCCUCCGACUUGAGCCUCUUGACCCUCUGUAUGGCCCUCGUUUGUAAGGGGCCUGUGGGAGGAGAGCUUCCUCUUUCGACCCGAUCGAUGUAUGCUUCUCUGAAAAGCUUUGUAGCUCUUCUCGAGGCGAUGGGGACGAAUUCGUUGGAAAUGCUGCAGGGUCGACUUCUCCUGACGGUCUUCGAGAUCGGUCAUGCCAUGUAUCCCUCCGCAUACAUCUCCACUGCAGCCAAUAUACGCGCCGCAGUCUCCCUUGGGAUUAAUGCUGCCUACGAGGACCUGCGCAAGGUCUUCCGGGACCCACAGAAAGUCGAGGAGGCACGACAGACUUGGCGGGGCAUCGUCAUCACUGACAGGUCAGAUCUGGCCCCUAAGGAUGCACACCAAAUGGUAUUCGUACUGAAUCAAGACCCCGUGGACUCUGAAGAUUGGGCGAAGGUAGAAGUGGAUUCAUUCACUAGGUUGGCCCACGCAUCCCAGCUCUUAGACCGGGUGCUCGUUCAUAUCCAUACGACCCAAUCGCAUCCCCUUUUUAAUAGCGUUGAGGCGGUCCAGAUUCUCAAAUCCCUAACCUCGUUUCUGAUGACCUUCCAAAGCGGUGAUUCGAACCCGCCGCAUCCUCUAUCGGAUAGCGCAUUGGCACUAUGUAGAAGUGCUAUGCUCGAAACCCUCGAAGUUGGAUCUCACAUGACUAUCCCCGACAAUGAGUAUUGUAUCCGCACAUCACUCAAUAUUCUCAAGUCCCUCGUCCACGAGAUUGGGCGCGGGGGGGGGAUCUCUCCCCCGGUUGAGAUGAUGACUUUGUCCGUGUUUCUUCCCCAUUGCAUAUACAAGGCCGCUAUGGUGUGUCUUGGCGAUGCCAGGGUAUCUGGGUGGGUCGAUCCGGAGCCGUCGAUCCGACCAUUGAAAGAUCUACUGGGCUGUCUGGGUAUGAGAUGGGUGGCCGCAAGUACGUGGCGCACUUUACAAACUAUGAAUUACACUAACCCUGAUAGAACUUUACUUGGCAAAAGUCGAGACCUCACAGGAGAUAUGUAG